AUGGAUCUUACGACGGCAUGGCAAGAAUUGGCGCGUUUUCAGGAGACAAGCAUCGCGACUUCCGCUCAUAUCUAUGCAAAUACGCAAGAACAUGCACUGGUACAGGAUUUUUUGACGAAAGUUCCAGUUGCGACGCUUUUUGCGUGUCUACAGGAUGCUAGCGACCGCGGAUCAGACAAGGAAGUUAAGCAGGUAUGCACUUGUAUCAACCGUGUGCUAAGCUCUGAGGACGAUGGCACGAGUCUUUUCUUUCAGCCAGACAUGGUGCCCUAUUUACUGGCAGGUCUAACACAUGCGGAGAAGGAAGUAAAAGUUCUCGUCGUGAAUCAGUUUAUUGCACACGUAGGCAGAAAGCCAUCGCUAGAUCAGGUCAAAGUUGUGGCAGACCCGCUGGUUCUGGAGCAAGUGUGCAGUGUUGUUGCAGAAGAAGAUAUUGAGGUUGCUGCAAAGGCCUCAAAGGUCCUAGAAAUGCUCUCAAGCAUUCCCGACAGCGAAAUCUACCAAGAAAUACUAAAUUCACUCAAAAGCAAAGCGCAACGCAGUGACAGUACGGAGAACUCGAUCGAAUUUAUGCGAUAUCUGGAAACAAUCGUAACGAUAUGCAGACAAGACGAUGAACACAUGAAAUAUGGAAUUUCCUUGGGUGCCAUCGAUCUGGUAUUAAACUGCUUACAAUCCAAUGACCCGCUGCUCUUGAUGAACAUUGUCGACUUACUGCCGGUGGUUUGCGAAACCAAAAUUGGUGUUCGGUAUAUUUUUGAGUCAGGAACGUUGAAGACACUGUUGACCAUGACAAAAGAUUCAUUUGUUGGAGACAACGCAAUUCGACUGGUAGGAGAAAUAUCGGCUACAGCAGCCAGGUUGAACAUUGAGACAUGGAGUUGGAGUGAUGCUAUGCUUUCCAAAGCUUUUAUGGAGACCAUAGAAAGUAAAUUGCAAAGCACGGAUACGCUACAACAGAUUGCAGUGAUGGACGCGUUGGCUGCGUUUGGAUCCUCGUCAGACAAAGAACUCCAAUUUUUGCUGCAACACCGAAGCAUUUGUCAAAUGUGGCUACAGCUCGGCAGCAGUACAAAGAUACCUGUGAAGACCAACUGUUUCCACUCAAUCGGACGCGUUCUCGGUGCACACACGCGGCUUGCAAAGGAACCCACUCAAGUACCGGACGAGAACGCAGGUGUUUGGAGCAUGUGCGAGCGCUUGUUUAACAGUCUUGGUGCUGAGUGUGCACAGCAGUCGACAAUGCUGUUUCUAAUGAACACAUUGAAACAGCCAUUUGAGGAGCUCCGGACAUCCGUGUUCCACGUGCUACGCUCAACGGCAGCGCAGAACAGUUCAUGGGGUAUACGUGUGUUACUUUCUUAUGGUGGUUUCUUUGAGUUUCUCUUGGAUCGUACAACUGAACCAACGAAAGAGACGCGCGAGUGGAAAUUUGCUGUGCUCGACGCCGUUCUUACCUCCCCGUUUCAGUCGCAAUUGGACGCAUCGUUGUUGGAAAACUUGAAGGCAAGUAUGCGUCGUGGUCCCUAUGCUGGAGCGACGGCCCCGGUAGAAUUGGUACUUGACUCGGCUACGUCAUUUUGUCAGACCGCAACUUUCCCUCUAAAGAGUCACGACGACAUAGUCGACAAGCGUCUUGGUGAGCAACACUGCGUUAUGGAAGAUCCAGGACGUGCUGCCUUUCUGUGUAGCAAUACUGCUGCUUUUCACCCUCCUCUAUGGGCGUGUAUGCCUAUAGAAACCAAUUCACAUGCAAGAUUAGACGCUUUUCGUGAUGGUCGACAUUGUGCUACGUACAUGGUAGCAACACAGCGUGUGAAUCUCUUUGGUCGUGACCAGGGAAGCUGUGACCACGUGUUAGGCAACCCUUCGGUUUCGCGAAAACACGCGGCUGUGAUUCAUGAUAAUGAAGGCGGUAUCUACAUCGUCGAUCUCAUGUCACGGCAUGGCACGUACGUAGGCCGCAAGAAAAUUCCACCACACGAUCCCUAUUUGAUACACGACGGAGAUGUUAUCAGGUUUGGACAGAGUGUACGUGUAUACAUUCUCAAAGGCGCCGGCUCAGACGGCAACAGCGCUCCUGUAAAGAAAUCGUGGGGACGAAAAAUACGCGUGCCGCGCGUCAGUAUCAGUGCAGUAGUACCGAAGAGAAAUUCGAGCAAACCAAAAGCUUCGUCGGCAGUAACGAAACUCGUGAAUGCAGUAUGUUAUGGCGCACUCAAAGAUGAGAAAGUGGUAAAUUUUAUUACUGGGGUGUUGGAGCUUGGUGAUAAAGAUAGACAGGGAGUGGCAGACACGCUAGUGGAGAGACUUCAAGCCAAAUUUGAGUUUUAUGCUACCCAUGUUCACCGCAACGCAUUUGUUGCUACUAUGGCUCUUCUAAAGCAGAACUUGUGCGUCGAGGAGUUUGAGGAGAAUCUGGACGUUUUCACCCAUAUUUCUCAACAGCGGAACGAUAACAUUUAUCGCGCUGAUGCUCGCAAGCUUUUACAAGCGAUUGCUGCUGUCCGGUUGGAUCCAGAUAAUCCGCAAUUCAUUGAUGUGGACUCUACUGAAGAGGAUGUUGGUUCUGCUUGCCCAGUCACAGUAAAUAAUCGAGAAGGCAGAGAGCGGUCUAUCAGUGAAGAAGGAAACAAAUUAGAAAUGACUGAUCAUGGCAUUUUAUUCCCUGGCCGUACAGAAUCGGCGAGAACGGUCAGCGAAUCGGGAAUGAGUCAUAGGGGGACUAUCAGUCACAAUGACUCUCGCUAUCAGAUGUCCCAUUAUCCAUCCAGCAUUGAGUACGACGGAGAAGAGUCUACUUUGAAGACAACGAGCAACGGAUACGCACCCCCUAACAGCUUAGUGGUUGGCAGCGGCAAGAAGCAGCCAAUUGUGAAUAGUGAGGACAGCAUAGGCUUUAGUUUCGUAGCCCAAUCAGCACCAGCAGCGGACAAACCCAAUGAGUCCGCGUUUGGGUUUAUCGCCGGUUCUGAUCCUGUGGAUGAUACUUCUUCCAGAGGUAGUUCAACAGAUCGGCCUUCUGGUCAAUUUGCAUCUGGCAUUGUGCCCCAGCGUCCUUCCGUUUCUGCUGACAAUUUCUUGGUCGAGUAUCCAUCAGUGGAUAGCAAUGCAUUUGAGGAUAUGUGGGAAUUAGCGAACGAUGAAUCAGAGGAAUGGUCGGUCGAUCUUGGCUCAGUAGAUGCCCACGAGCUAGACCCACGCGACUUGCAGGCAUGUUUGCAGCCGUAUCGAAUGAAGUGUGUAUUUGGCGAGAAGGUUGCUGGACAGCAACAUUGGUUCUUCGUUGCAGAACAGGUCGGCGAAGGAACGCUCUUCCUGGUGAACAUCUCCGUUAUGCCAGGUUUGAGUGAUAUGUCAGUAACGCUGAAGUGGAUUGUCAACUCGCUUCUCUACAGAAAUGGCCAUGUUAUUUUCAUGGAAAUCCUCAAAUACGCGCUUCACCAGUUUGCUGAGCAGGUGCAAGUUCGCGCAGCAAGGAUAUCCCUGCCGUCGCAGCAGGUUCAUUGCCGUGAUCGCGUGCUCGAACCAGGGCAAAAUCAUGCAACGCAACUACAAAGAAAUGGCAGAGAUUCUGAGGUUACCACGAUGCUGCCAGCUUCGUGCGCGGCCUCACAAUAUGCGCCACGAACGGCAUCACACGCAACGUCUCGAGAUGACGGAGAUGACGUCGAGGAUGCAGAUGAGGAAGCAAUGUCAGCCCGCGAUUACUUAUGCGAAAGUCCUGUAAUUGACGCAGGAAAGUUUGAACAGGUUUGGGCAACGGCAACAGAAAUUGCGUCACUGUCGUACUCACUAAACGACUUACCCGAGGUGGACGAAGUUAUUGAGCUCUUCCGCAGCAAUUGUAUGAGUUGUUUGGCGAGUGGUAGCGUGGACAAGCUUGUCAAAUUCUUUUUCUUUGCCGAGAUGACCGAGAUACAGUGCGUGUUUUGUGUAGAAAUGUCGUUUGGUGUGGACACUGGUGCUCUGGAAGGUACCGUUAAGCGGCUUGCUAUUAGAAGGCAUAGCGAGGAGGAGGAAGAGCAGAUUGACUCGAGUUUUAUUAGUUUCAUUGAAGAGGUCAUUCAAAAUCUCGACGCACAACUACAAAGGACACGCUAG